AUGAAAUAAAAAAUAUUUGAAAUACUUUUAUCAGAACUCUUGUUGCUUGCAGUUGUAACUGGUUUGAGAUUAAAUAGUAAUCAAACAAUACUAGUACUAACCUGUUUGAAUGUAUUCUUAACCAUAGUUAUUGGGUUUGUAAGAAUCUACAAUCUCUUUUUGAACAGAGAAUUAACUAGAUGCUUUACUUUAUUACUCUGUUUACGUUUGACCCUAAUCGUUAUUCAAGAUUCUGUCUCUAACAAACAGUUGUUCUUGGUUCUCAUUAACCAUUUGGAAAUGCAAUAUGAAAUUAAGGUUGCUCUUCUUGUGAAUUAUGGGCUAUCAAGUAUUUUGAAUGAUGUUUAGAAUUUAAUCCAAACUCCACAGAAUGUGAUCUACUAUGUAUACUGGUUCCUUGUGUUGUUGCAAUUGAAAAUUAAGUUUUUCAAUGUCAAGGAACCAAAACCUUAAACUAUCUCUAAAUCCUUGAAGCAAAUACCAGAUGCCCCUCCCACUUUUUAAGCCAAGUCUCAAGAGAUGAUUAAGCAAUUGGAUGAACAAUCCAAAGUAUUGUCCUCAUCGGAAAUCAAGCCCUUAUAAUUGAACAGUAAUAAUCUCAAUGAGGAUGACAUUAUCAUGACAAAUAUGUCGUGGCUCUCAAAUCAAUCAGUGUUGAUCUACAACGGCGACUUAAGUAUCAUCUAUCAAACGUUUUAUUUGGGCAAGUUGUAAAAGAACGUCGGAGAUAAACUAGACUGUGAAUUGCUGUUUUUAGAUUCCAUUAUUAUUAUUGGAUGCAAGGAAAUUAAUGAAUUGCUAGGCCAGUCUGGAUACAGUGAUUCCAUCUUUAGCGAUGGCUCAUUUCUUUGCAACAAUAUUAAUGAAGUCCACAAAUGUAAAAUCAAAGGCUAAUUCACCAUUAGAGAAUUGAUUACAUGUUUGUUCAAAGACUUUGAAAAAUGGCGAUUCUUCACUUUAACAAUCUUUAAAGUGAAGAAUGACUUCUUAGACUUAGAUGGUAUUCAAAUCAAACUCUUCAUAACUAACAUCGAUGGACACAAAUUCAUACUCUUCAAUCUUGAAUAAGCUCCUGUCUUACCCAAAACCAAUAAUUCAGACUCCAACUCAUUCCUAUAGAACAUUUACACCACCUAUUCCCAUGAAUCCAUCAAUUAUGUCAAUUGCAUAAUGACCUUCAUUCUACUGCUCACUCAUCAUAAUGAUUCUCAAAUGAGUGAAGGUAGCAAUAAAACAACCAUGUCUUAAAGCAAAAAAGAAAAAGAAGAAUAUGUUGCCAACUCUUUAUUGACUAUGAGGUACCACACACAGAGAUACACAUUAUUUCUUUAUUCAAUGAGGGAUCACAUCUUCUAUUUCUAAAAUGAAUUAUUUUUUAAGAUGAAUGCAAUUAGAAUUGAAGACUUGUUAGAUGAUUUACUCUAAACUUUUGAUCCCUUAUUAAAAUUGAAGCAAAUCAAAUUAACUACAAGUAUAGAAUUAUAAGAAGGAAAUACAAUCAUUUUUAGUGAUCAAGAUAGAAUUAAACAAAUCAUCUCAUGUUUAUUACAUUAUUGCUUAUAAUCAUCAACCAAGAGUUCAAUCAAAUUUGAUAUUAAGAGUUACACACUCUAAGGAAUUAUGAUCACAAUUAAAGAUACCAAAGCUGAUUUUGAUGAAACUGCCAAACAAAAGAUUAUAAAUUUAACAAAAUUAGUUAAUUAGUAAUUAAAGAGUCAAAAAUCUGCAAAUGAAUUAGACCUAUCAAACCCAUUAGAAUUGUAAAUGUGCAUAAUACUCUGCUGGCAAUUAUCUGGAUCCUUUAAAAGAGGACUAGAAUUUCUAAUUGACAGCCAAGGGUUUUGUACAUUCACUUUUGUGAUUGAGUCUCAAAAUACCUAAAUGAGAUAUCAAAACUCUGACACUGGACCUAUAAAAGUAUUAGGCAAGAAGAAAUAUUUUGAAACUUCAUUGUCCCUUCUUCUGUAAGACAAUAUUAAUCAAGGAGGUGCAGGAGGAGAAUCAAGACUCUUAUCAUUUACCUAAUUGUCCAAAUAGUUCUCAAUAAAACCUACAGACCCCAUAGAUCUACAAAGUGCCUACUUUUCACAACUCUCAAAAAUAAGACAAGAGACUUCGAAUUCCAGGGUAUUUCCCAACAGUGGCACCAUACACAAAUAAUCCAGAGAACAAAGUGGGAGUUUUUCUGGAACUUACAAAUAAGGAAUCCAAUAGGAUAGCAUCCAAUAGAUUACAAAACUUUUGAAUAGGAAUAACUUAAGUGUUGCAGGCAAGAUAGAUUCUCCAGAUGAAUCACAAAGAACUUUCACUGCAAUUGAUUUUGGUGCAGCUGAAUAAACCAUCAAUUAAAUAUCUUUACCCGAAUUUAACCCUAAAUUACUCACUUAAGUCAUUAAAUAUCGACUUAGGAAUAAUUGUUGUUCCAAAGUUUUGAUACUGGAUAAUGACAGUUUUUAGAUUAUAGUUUUGGAAAAGGUACUGUAGAAAUACGAUAUCAAAUGUGAUUAUGGAUUUACAGGUUCAGAGGGAUUAGACAGCAUCGAAAUGAAGCGAGGUCGCCCAUGUCAUUGUGGAAAUCGCUACUACUUACUGUACUUCAUUGACAUUAACCUUCCUGGAUUGAGUGGUAUUGAAUUUGUCUAACGUAUUAAGAAAAAUAUGCAGCAAGGGAAUUUGGAUAAGGGAUUUGCCAUAGCUACAGCUACAGUUGCAGGCUUAAAUUCUAAAUUGGAUUGUUUUCGAAAUGGAAUGGAUUACUUUAUAUCAAAACCUUUUGAUUUGAUAGAGAUAAGUGCGGCUGUCUAAUAUCUUGAUUUUUGA